AUGCUCGCCAAGCGGAAGCCCCGCCACACAUCCAUUCCCAUGGAGGAGGACACAGCUCCCCGAGAGAGCAUCGUCAACCACUGGAGCCAGCUCCUGUCCGUCGAGCUGAUGAAGCACAACGCGUUUCAAGUGGCGAGUCGUGCGCAGCUCGCGGCGGCCGCCAGAGGGCCACGGAGGGCCAGCGCGUUUCCGGAGGAUGUUAUGGUGUGCUUGUGA